AAAAAGGUAGUUCUUUUAUGUGGGUUCCAAACAUAUGUAGCAAUUAUGUAUUUUAAAAGUCACUUUUUUCAAUGAACAUUCUGACAAUUAGUCUUCCAUGGCUCGUAAAACUGUACAGAUUUGGCCACCAGAUUAAUUCUAUUUCUCUGGUGGCUCUGCCCUGACCAUAGCCGACCACCAGAGACGACUUAGAAGAAGCCCUUUUUCUUAGUACUCUUGGAAUACUUGCUUUCGCUUUAGCUUGCUUGAUUAAAUCAUCAGCAGURAGCUCAAUACUGCUUUCAUGACAUUCACUGUUCCCAGAAAAAAUCACUUUGUCUUUAACUUCAACAAGGCCUUGUUCUUCCAAUGCAAUAAAAAAAGAAUCUGAAUCGAAGAGCUUGUAUGAAAUUUUCUGAGAGGCUGUCUUGUAUGCGGGCUGUCCACAGUGCGACCUGUUUUGAACAGAGUUGACCUGUGCAUUUAAGGUAAAAAUCAAGUGCUGGAAGAAAGGCGUUGGAACUUGAUGCGAGUCAAUUCUGACCCAUCGCCCUGAAAUUAAAGAUAAGUGUAAAUCAGCCAAAGCUAACAAUAAUAAAUAAGUUUAUAUGUUUUAUAGUAAUAUAGCGAAGGUAUGGUGGCUAUUAAGAUAUCGGGAAAUUURAAAUAUGAAACUAUUAAAAGCACCGUGCAGCAUUCGCGUCCUUGUGUUAUCAGAUUUCCAACAGAGUCAAGUAAAUACUUAUUCAAUGCUUGGGUGGUUUUAUUGAAUCUGAAUAACCGUUGGGCUUUACUGAGACAACCCAAGACUAGCUAUAUUUGAUAUCAAAAUAAGUCUAUUAGYGAAACCGUGACGUCGUCGUUGACAAUCCCGUUUUUUUAAUUUAAACAUAUUUUAUCGAUACAAUCCCGUUUUGCUUAGUGACCUUUUACACUUUAGGAAAUAACCUUUGAAAUUAAAAGAAGUAUAGCCUACCUGGUAGACGGGGAUGAAAUAAGGAGUUCAUUCUCUCCACUAAACCAGCAAGCCAAACUUUGUAGUUUUCAAAAUUACAACUUGCCGACAAAUCUUUGGACUCCGGAAGUGAAGCAAUCGUGGAAUCCUUGCAGUCUUUAAAUACUGGCACAAUGUUUUCCCACUCGGUUCCUGGGUGUUUAAGAACGAAGUGUUUCUUUAAGGUGGAGAAACUCUUGAAAUUCUUAAGGCAAAAACCACACUYAAUUACAUACGUUGUGGCCAUAACUUCUACAGUGAGUACAAAUCAGCAGUAUGCAAUGGCAAUAGUGUAUCAUGUCACAUUCCGUCAUAUCCGCAACACAAUUUUUCUGAGUGGGGGAGGGGUAGGCCAAUGAUUAUCAUAACGUCAGAUUUAAAAUUUUUGGAGCAAACCUACUUUUCAAGAACUUUUCUCUCCUUUAGCUUAUAAUUCUAUUUGAUUUUUAUUAAUUGAUUGCAUAUUGGUAUUUAUUGUUUGAUUCCUUUUAUUUUUGGCUUGGUUCUUUUGUACUCGUAGGGAGGGGGGAGAGGAAUAUUCAGACUCRGUYACCACGCAUUUCAUUCCGUCAGUGGUAUAUCGUUGGAUCAUUUAAUUAUAAUUCGCGGGCCAUGCCUUAGCCAUGUCUGAAACAAGCUCUCGAAAAUCCUCACGAUAUUAUUCAAGACCGCACACGAAAGAAGAAAGGAAGAAGCAGAAAARGGAGAGACAGAAGAAGAUAAAUACAGAAUUACGUCUUAAGAAGAGAGAAGAGCGACGACACAAGAGGAUCAAAUUGGAUUGUCYAUUAGACGGCGAAUUUGAAGAGGGCCCUUUAACAAACCGUCGUGAAAAGCCCAUUUCUGUACCCACAUUGAUUGCCAACGUUAAUGAAAGUCAUGUUGCUAAUGAACAUAAACAAGGGAAGGUCGAUAGACCGAAAACGUCAGAUCAAGCCACCACGUGCUCAAAUAAACAUUCCAAGAAAGAUAGUACAAGUAGAGCAAAAAGUGAAGGAUCGAGUUUGGAAUCAAAGUUUGGAAAUUACRGCAGAGGGAAACAAAUGGUGACGCUGGCAAAAAAAAUAGGGGGAAACUCAUCUAUUGAAUCUGCUGCCUUUCAAAAACCUUCAGGUUGUAUAURCUUAGCGCGACAGCAUUGCCCUUCGUAUAAUAAACGCCUUAGGAAGGACAAUAUUUCGGUGACAAUACCAGUAAGAGAAGUUGAUUAUCGAUUGAUCUCGAAAUGUUCAGAUAUCCCUGUAGGAAGUGGAAGUUUUGGAACCUGUUAUCUUGCUCAUUAUCGCAACAUAAAAGUGGCAGUAAAAGAAAUGAAAAAGCGAAACCAUUCUUUAACAGAAAAAGAGCGGUGCAGAAAGGAAGUGCUGCAUGAGGCCAAAGUACUACAUGCACUUGGGGAUCAUCCCAAUUUGCCUCUUCUUUUGGGAAUUUGCUCGGUCAAAGAGCCUUAUUGCCUGGUACUGCAAUUUCACGGAACCGAGAGGGAAAACCUAACUCUGGAGAAAGCCAUUUAUAACAAACUUAUGAAGAAGACUCAAGUUGUUCAAGUGUUUCGCGAUAUUUGUCGCGCUCUUCAAUAUGUGCACGGAAGGGAAUACCUCCACAACGAUAUCAAAUCUAACAAUGUUCUUCUCCAGCCCAUUGGUGAAACAUAUCAACCAAUUUUAAUUGACUUCGGUAAAAGUAAGCUAAUUGAGCAGGGAGAGAAACGUAUCAGAAGUCAAAAUGCAAGUUAUUUGGCACCGGAAGUUGUGCAAGGACAAAGAGAAACCAUUGCAAGCGAUAUUUUUUCAUUUGGUAAAAUGCUGCAGUUAGCUGUCUCUCGCCGAAGUUUUAGAGCGUCCUUUGAAAACCUAGUGACAAAAAUAACAUCAAAUAACCCAAAUGAAAGACCCUCAACGGAAGAAAUAAAUGUUUCGCUGGGCAGUCUUACAGAAUAGGAGUAAUUCUAGAUACUGAGUACUCAUUUCGUUAUUCGUUUGUAAGUACAAUGUUUAAUCAAUAUUAUAUGCUGGUUUAUAUGCAGGAUGUAGUAUCGGGUUCACAAAAAGAUAUGUAAGUGCUGACAYUUAAUAAACAUAUUUCAUUGA